CCUUGAUAGCCAUAAAAAAAAUUAAAAUGGCUGAUAGCUCUGUGUUUUAUUCCGAAGUGAAAUCCAUUUUAGAGACGCUCAUAAUGACGGCGGUCGAUGUUCUCGGAGUUUCUGACGGAGGAACCGAUAAAACGAAGUGGACUCUGAGACGCGAGCCAGACGCUGCUGCCAUGUUGGUCAGGGAGGCGGCCAGGAAGAUCAGCAGCGUUUUCUCGCAGAUCUCCUCUUCGCUUCUCGCUGAAAACCACAAACUAAAGGUGCAGCUGGAGCAGCUGCAGGCCGAGCUGAAGAGCACAGCCGAAGGUUUGGAAAACGCCCGGCUGCAGCGGGAGAAUGUCCUGAACGGCGGUCCGGUGCUGGUGGACGACGGAAAUCCUUCUGCAGCCACUGCAGAGGUGGAAGAUAUUGGAGAGACGAUGCAGAUUCCUUCAUCUCCUCCUGCUGAAGAAGACACUGCUGAAGAUUUAGCUGCUCCAAAAAGUCCCGAACUGGAAAACUCUGAAUCCCAGAAGACGCAGGAAGCAGCACUGAAGCCUAAAGGAAAGGAGUUUGUGUGUGAGCUCUGCAACAAGAGUUUUAGCCGUCGGUUUCACCUGGCAAAGCACAUGAACACUCACAAGGAGCAGCGGCCGUUCGCCUGUGACCGCUGCCCCAGGACGUUCAGGACUGCAGAGACCUUGGAGCAACACCUCCUGCGACACGAAGAGAAGAAACAUGCUAGCUUCCAGUGCCAGCGCUGCGAGAAGUCGUUCAAGACAAAGAUGAAUCUGAAGACGCAUCAGCUGGUCCACUCAGACCUCCGACCGUUUAGCUGCGGAACCUGUGGGAAGGCCUUCAAAACGAAGCACAACCUGCAGGCGCAUCAGGCGGUGCACCUGGCUGAGAAACCACACAAGUGUUCAGAGUGUGGGGAGAGUUUCAGAUGUGCCGUCAGUCUGCAGUGCCACCGUAGUGUCCACACUGGUGAGCAUCCUUUCACCUGCACGGCGUGCGGCAAGGCCUUCUCCAGCAGGCGGUCGCUCCGGACGCAUCAGGCAGUCCACAGGGGGAAGGUGUUCACCUGCGAGACGUGUGGGGCGGGAUUCACCCUCCGACAGAACCUCCGGAGGCACAUCCGCAUUCACACAGGCGAGAAACCAUUCGCCUGCAAGGUAUGCGGGAGGCCUUUCAUACAAGACAACAAGCUGAAGGCGCACAUGCUGCUCCACGGCGCUGCCAAGGCGUUCAUGUGCGACCUCUGCGGGAAGACCUUCCUGUACAACUGCCAGUUGAAGAAGCAUCAGAAAGCUGCACACGAGGAGAAGCAGGCGUCCAAGAGGCAGGGUCGGGAGCCAGGCGAGCGCAGGGUGAUCUACCGGCGAGACAAAACCAUGCUGGACGUGACGCCGUUCAGCUGUGGCACCUGCCGCAAAGGCUUCGACUCCGCUGCUUCGCUGCAGAGGCACGAGCUGAUCCAUGCCGGCGGCGCUGCGCAGUAUGCCUGCGACCAAUGCGACAAGUCAUUUUUCUACAAGGCCACCUACGAGUACCACCAGAGGAUCCACUCCGGGGAGCGGCCGUUUGCGUGCGACGUCUGUGGGAAGCGGUUUGUCAUCCGCCAGGCGCUCAAGUCCCACAGGCUGCAGCACUCUGGAGAGAAACCGCAUAAGUGCGAGCAGUGCGGCAAGGACUUCCGUAUCUACACCAACUACCUGCGACACCGCCGUGUCCACACGGGGGAGAAACCCUAUGAGUGCGAGGUGUGUGGGACACGCUUCCGGCAGCUUGGACAUGUCAAGUUCCACAUGCAGGUCCACACAGGAGAGAGACCGUACUCCUGCAGCAGCUGUGGGCUCGGCUUUUCGGACUCCAGGUUACUCAGGAAACAUAACUGCAGUGAGAAAUAGGAUGGAAUGAUGGAUGAUUGGAUGUGAGAAAUAAAAAGUCCUCUUGACAAACAUUUGUCACUUAAACUUUCAAGAACUCCAAAUGUUGCUUUAUGGUGGAUUUCAGUUUCUUUAAAGGGACAGUAUUAUGUAAAAUUAGCUGUUUUGAGCUAUAUCAUACUAUAUAAUGUUAUUCCGUCAUCAAAAAC